AUGGCCGACAACCGGGUCCCGAUCAACUAUCACACCCCCAGCUUCCCCUCGCUGUACGAUCCGCUGCCGUUGCACCGUAAAGAAGCAUCCUACCUGUACUACACCUCGGAUAUCUGGCGCUUCACUCUCUACUGGACCUUACUUUUCUAUGGAGUGACUCAUCUCACCGUUGCUGGCUGCGCGGUCUUUACACAUCGCCGCAAUUGGAGCGUGAUCUGGCUGGUGCCGCUACUCUACAUUGUGGUGGCCGGACUGGAAGGGCUGUUGGCUGGGAGCAUCAUUGGUCUUGUACUCGGUGCGGUCUACGAAGCAGGCAAUUUCCGAAUGUCGACCUGGCAACCCAUGAUCUGGGGCGGUAUCAAUGUCAUGGUACUUAUAUUGACGAGCUUCCCUAUGCAAGGUGGUCUCUAA